AUGGAUUUGUCCGUAUACUUAGUCACAGACUCUUCUCCCGCAAUUCUGCGCGGCAGGGAUUUGUGUGAGGUAGUUCAAGAUGCCAUUCAAGGGGGUGUCACUGUUGUCCAGUAUAGAGACAAGCACAGUGACUCUGGUGUGAUGAUUGAGACUGCAAAGAGACUCCACGAAAUUACAAAGAAGCACAAUGUUCCUCUAAUCAUCAAUGACCGCGUUGACGUCGCAUUAGCUGUUGGUGCCGAAGGCGUCCAUCUUGGACAGGAUGACAUGAGCAUACUAGACGCAAAGAAAUUGUUGCCUCCUAACGCCUAUAUCGGCGCGUCAGUAUCCUCGAACGAGGAAGCGCUCAAGGCAGUUCAGGAUGGGGCUGAUUACCUCGGAAUUGGAACCGUAUUCGCAACGCCUACGAAAACCAACACCAAGUCUAUUAUCGGGCCUGCUGGCACAAGAGAGAUUUUGGCCUUUCUUUCCACAAUGCCCAGACGAGUCGGAACUGUUGCGAUCGGUGGUAUCAACUUGUCAAAUGUUCAACGAGUUAUAUACCAAUCACAAGCACCACUGAAAAGCCUUGAUGGUGCUGCGAUUGUGAGCGCGAUCAUGGCGGCGGAAAACCCGAGAGAAGCCGCCGCAUCGUUUUGCAAACUAGUGAAACAAAUUCCUGCCUUAGCCACGAUUCCCCUCCCUCCUCGGGAGAAUGAAGUUACCCUGCUAUUAGAUCAAGUGCCAGAUAUCGUCAACCUGGUGGCGACAAGGCGACCCUUAUGCCACAAUAUGAUCAAUUUUGUGGUAGCUAAUUUUGCUGCAAACGUCGCCAUUGCAAUUGGUGCAUCUCCAAUUAUGUCCGGAUAUGGCCCCGAAGCAGUUGACCUCGCCAAAAAUGGCGGUUCAUUAUUGAUUAAUAUGGGGACCCUGAAUAAUGAAAGCAUCGAUAAUUACCUCCAAGCUCUACAGGCGUAUAAUGCCGAAGGGAACCCUGUUGUGUUUGAUCCAGUUGGGGCUGGUGCUACGGAUGUUCGCCGCGAAGCUGUGAAAAAGCUCAUGGCUGGUGGAUAUUUCGACCUUAUUAAAGGGAAUGAAAGCGAGUUGAUUCAAUUGUAUGGCAAAGUCCGCGGGCACCAGGUCGGCGUCGACAGCGGACCAAGUACUUUGAACUGCAAAGAAAAAGCGAGACUUGUCAUGGACCUUGCGAAACGGGAGAGAAACAUCGCCCUUCUCACCGGUGCCGUGGACUACCUGAGCGAUGGCGAGCGCACUCUUGCCAUUGGCAAUGGACACAGUCUCCUCGGACAUAUUACAGGCCUAGUUUACUUCUGCUCGAAAUUGCUGCUGAGCGCGCUGCCGUGA